GUAAUCUUUCAUGCCAAAUACAAAGGCUCAAGCUUUAAAUUCUGGAUCCCCACUUAAUGCAAUCCGAGGUUUCGGGACUCAAGCCCGCCACCGACACGUCGUCCUCGCCGACAUUUAUAACACCCAUUGAAGAACGCAAAAGCAGCCUUUACCUGACGAAGUUCGAAAUCGCGCGGAUUGUGGGCGAAAGGGCACGGGAAAUUGUGAGUGGGACUGCGAUUAAGUUUUCCAAUAACUCGGAGGCUGGGUUGGAUCUUUACGCGAACGCUGCGCACUGCCUGGAUCCCUUUUCAUCCUCAGUGGAUCCCAUCAUGAUGGCCAAGAUGGAACUUUUGCAGGGAAAGAUUCCCAUGAUAGUGAGCCGAACCUGGCCAGAUGGGACGCGGGAAGUUAUUCCGAUAAAAGAGCUUCUGGUGGACCCCGCAAUGAUUGACUUGGAGUAUUAAUUUCAGUGUUUGUUGCUGUUCCUAUUGUUUUUUGUUUUACGGAUAAUUGGUUUUAACUAUCAGACGCUUAAAAGAAAAAUACAUCUUAUGGAUAAACACUCCAUCUUUAUAUUAUCAUUAUUAUUGUGUGGAA